AUGGCUGAGAAAACCGAGCCACAGGGCGCUAGUGAUGAGAAGGAAUUCGUAAGGCCGCCCUUGGAUCUAUGGCAGGAUUUCAAAGAUGGUAUGCGUUUCCUUUGCUUCAAUCCCCGAGGCAAUGCUGUGAUCAUGCCAUUACUGCUGGUUGUUGAGUCCCUUGCCCUCAAAAUUAUUACUGCUAAGGUACCAUACACUGAAAUAGACUACAAGGCUUACAUGGAACAGAUAGAAAUGAUUACUAUGGAUGGUGAAUUGGAUUACUCACAGAUCAGAGGAGGUACUGGACCUUUAGUCUACCCUGCUGGACACGUUCUCCUAUACAAAUUGAUGUAUAAGAUCACACAAGGUAUGAAUCUCUUGCAUGAAGGACAGAACAUCUUCAGGUACUUGUACAUCGGCACUUUAUCACUUCAGAUGAUCAUUUACUACCAACUGCAACUACCGCCCUGGUGUGUUGUGCUAGCCUGUCUAUCAAAGAGAUUACACUCGAUCUACGUCCUGAGAUUGUUCAAUGACUGCUUUACUACUUUUUUCAUGGUCUUAACCGUAGUGCUGUUGAUGCAGGCGACAAAGAGACGUAGUGCUCUUAUUUCGAUGAUUUCAUCUUUAACCUACAGCGUGGCAAUUAGUAUCAAGAUGAAUGCGUUGCUGUAUCUUCCAGCAUUCAUGGUCUCUAUCUUUUUGAUCAACGAGGGGCAAUUGACAGUAACGGCCCUUUGCGCAAUGAUAGCUGUCGCUUGGCAAGGUCUCGUCGCCCUGCAGUUUCUCAAAACAUACCCAAUGGAAUAUCUACAAUCAGCUUUCAAUUUUAGUCGGAGCUUUAUGUUCAAAUGGAGCGUAAAUUGGCAAAUGAUAGACGAAGACGGGUUCGACAGUAUAAUUUUUCACAAGUCCCUGCUAUUGAGCCAGCUCGUUGGAAUACUGGCAGUCAUAUUUUUCAGAUAUCCAUGCCUACUAAAAGAUCUACGAAAUUCAGUCAUACGUCCACUAUCAAAGUCGAUCCCAGGCGUCAAGCUGGGAGAUACCGUCCCAUAUCUCCUAGUAACGACGAACUACAUCGGGGUCAUUUUUUCGAGAUCCCUGCACUACCAAUUCCUGACGUGGUACCACUGGACAAUACCUAUUUUAAUGUACUACUCCAGGAUUCCUUGGUUCCUAGGUCCCAUCUGGUACAUUUUGCACGAAUUUUGUUGGAACUCGUACCCACCCAACGCGCAAGCUAGUACGCUUCUCUUACUGCUAAACAGUACCAUGCUCCUACUGCUGGCCAUAAACAGUCUCAAUUGCUCGAUUCACAAGAGUACUAAUCAAAAGAAAGGGCAGUAA